AUGGACAAGCUGCCGCCGUCCAUGCGCAAGCGGCUCUACAGCCUUCCGCAGCAGGUGGGGGCCAAGGCGUGGAUCAUGGACGAGGAAGAGGACGCCGAGGAGGAGGGGGCUGGGGGCCGCCAGGACCCCAGCCGCAGGAGCAUCCGGCUGCGGCCGCUGCCCUCACCCUCACCCUCGGCGGCCGCGGGCGGCACGGAGCCCCGGGGCGCGGCCCUCGGGGCGGCGGACGGCGAGGGGCCGGCCCGCGGCGCGGGCAAGUCCAGCACCAACGGCGACUGCAGGCGCUUCCGCGGGAGCCUGGCCUCGCUGGGCAGCCGGGGCGGCGGCGGCGGCUCCGGAGCAGGGGGCGGCAGCAGUCACGGGCACCUGCAUGACUCCGCGGAGGAGCGGCGGCUCAUCGCCGAGGGCGACGCGUCCCCCGGUGAGGACAGGACGCCCCCGGGCCUGGCGGCAGAGCCCGAGCGCCCCGGCGCCUCGGCGCAGCCCGCAGCCUCGCCGCCGCCGCCCCAGCAGCAGCCGCAGCCGGCCUCCGCCUCCUGCGAGCAGCCCUCGGUGGACACUGCUAUCAAAGUGGAGGGAGGCGCGGCCGCCGGCGACCAGAUCCUCCCCGAGGCCGAGGUGCGCCUGGGCCAGGCCGGCUUCAUGCAGCGCCAGUUCGGGGCAAUGCUCCAGCCCGGGGUCAACAAAUUCUCCCUGAGGAUGUUUGGCAGCCAGAAAGCCGUGGAGCGCGAGCAGGAGAGGGUGAAGUCGGCCGGAUUUUGGAUUAUCCACCCCUACAGCGACUUCAGAUUUUAUUGGGACCUGACCAUGCUGCUGCUGAUGGUUGGAAACCUAAUCAUCAUUCCCGUGGGCAUCACCUUCUUCAAGGAUGAGAACACCACACCCUGGAUCGUCUUCAAUGUGGUGUCGGACACGUUCUUCCUCAUCGACUUGGUCCUCAACUUCCGCACAGGGAUCGUGGUGGAGGACAACACAGAGAUCAUCCUGGAUCCGCAGCGGAUUAAGAUGAAGUACCUCAAAAGCUGGUUCGUGGUAGAUUUCAUUUCGUCCAUCCCUGUGGACUACAUUUUCCUCAUCGUGGAGACACGCAUUGACUCAGAGGUCUAUAAGACUGCCCGGGCCUUGCGCAUUGUCCGCUUCACCAAGAUCCUCAGCCUCCUGCGCCUCUUGCGUCUCUCCCGCCUCAUUCGAUAUAUUCAUCAGUGGGAAGAGAUCUUCCACAUGACCUACGACCUGGCCAGCGCCGUGGUGCGCAUAGUAAAUCUCAUCGGCAUGAUGCUCCUGCUCUGCCACUGGGACGGCUGCCUGCAGUUCCUGGUGCCCAUGCUGCAGGACUUCCCCGACGACUGCUGGGUGUCCAUCAACAACAUGGUGAACAACUCCUGGGGAAAGCAGUAUUCCUAUGCCCUCUUCAAGGCCAUGAGCCACAUGCUGUGCAUUGGGUACGGACGGCAGGCACCUGUAGGCAUGUCGGACGUCUGGCUCACCAUGCUCAGCAUGAUUGUGGGCGCCACCUGCUACGCCAUGUUCAUCGGCCACGCCACCGCCCUCAUCCAGUCCCUGGACUCCUCCCGGCGCCAGUACCAGGAAAAGUACAAGCAGGUGGAGCAGUACAUGUCCUUCCACAAGCUCCCGCCCGACACCCGACAGCGCAUCCAUGACUACUAUGAGCACCGCUACCAGGGCAAGAUGUUCGAUGAGGAGAGCAUCCUGGGCGAGCUGAGCGAGCCACUGAGGGAGGAGAUCAUCAACUUUAACUGCCGGAAGCUGGUGGCCUCCAUGCCGCUGUUUGCCAAUGCGGAUCCUAACUUUGUGACAUCCAUGCUGACCAAGCUGCGCUUCGAGGUGUUUCAGCCAGGGGACUACAUCAUCCGAGAAGGCACCAUUGGCAAGAAGAUGUACUUCAUCCAGCACGGUGUGGUCAGUGUGCUCACCAAGGGCAACAAGGAGACCAAGCUGGCAGAUGGCUCCUACUUUGGAGAGAUCUGCCUGCUGACCCGGGGCCGGCGCACGGCCAGCGUGAGGGCUGACACCUACUGUCGCCUCUACUCACUGAGCGUGGACAACUUCAACGAGGUGCUGGAGGAGUACCCCAUGAUGCGGCGGGCCUUUGAGACGGUGGCCCUGGACCGCCUGGACCGCAUUGGCAAGAAGAACUCCAUCCUCCUCCACAAAGUCCAGCACGACCUCAACUCGGGCGUCUUCAACUACCAGGAGAACGAGAUCAUCCAGCAGAUCGUGCAGCACGACCGCGAGAUGGCCCACUGUGCCCACCGCGUCCAGGCCGCCGCCUCCGCCACCCCGACCCCCACGCCGGUCAUCUGGACCCCGCUGAUCCAGGCGCCGCUGCAGGCCGCCGCGGCCACCACCUCGGUGGCCAUCGCGCUCACCCACCACCCCCGCCUGCCCGCUGCCAUCUUCCGCCCUCCUCCCGGCCCCGGGCUAGGCAGCCUCGGGGCGGGGCAGACGCCCAGGCACCUGAAGCGUCUGCAGUCCCUGAUCCCGUCGGCGCUGGGCUCCGCCUCGCCCGCCAGCAGCCCGUCGCAGGUGGACACUCCGUCCUCCUCCUCCUUCCACAUCCAGCAGCUGGCCGGAUUCUCCGCGCCCGCGGGCCUGAGCCCCCUGCUGCCCUCGUCCAGCUCUUCCCCGCCCCCCGGGCUCGGCGGCUCCUCCCCGGCUCCCACGCCGUCCUCCACCGCCGCCGCCGCCGCCACCGCCACCGGCUUCAGCCACUUCCAUAAGGCGUUGGGCGGCUCCCUGUCCUCGUCCGACUCUCCGCUGCUCACCCCGCUGCAGCCCGGCGCCCGCUCGCCGCAGGCCAACCAGCCGCCGCCGCCGCUGCCGGGGGCCCGGGGGGGCCUGGGACUCCUGGAGCAUUUCCUGCCGCCCCCGCCCUCAUCCCGGUCCCCGUCGUCCAGCCCCGGGCAGCUGGGCCAGCCUCCCGGGGAGCUGUCCCCAGGUCUGGCCGCCGGCCCACCAAGUACGCCAGAGACGCCCCCUCGGCAACCGGAGCGCCUGUCCUUCGUGGCCGGGGCCUCUGGGGGGGCUUCUCCCGUAGCCUUUACACCCCGCGGAGGUCUCAGCCCCCCUGGCCACAGCCCAGGCCCCCCGAGAACUUUCCCAAGUGCCCCCCCUCGGGCCUCUGGCUCCCACGGUUCCUUGCUCCUGCCGCCCGCAUCCAGCCCCCCGGCCCCCCAGGUCCCCCAGCGCCGGGGCACGCCACCCCUCACCCCAGGCCGCCUCACCCAGGACCUCAAGCUCAUCUCAGCCUCUCAGCCUGCCCUGCCCCAGGACGGGGCGCAGACUCUCCGCAGAGCCUCUCCGCACUCCUCGGGGGAGUCCGUGGCUGCCUUCCCGCUGGUCCCCAGAGCUGGGGGCGCCAGCGGGGGCAGCGGGGGCCUCGGUCCCCCGGGGAGGCCCUAUGGUGCCGUCCCCGGCCAGCAUGUCACUCUGCCUCGGAAGACAUCCUCAGGUUCUUUGCCACCCCCUCUUUCUUUGUUUGGGGCAAGAGCCGCCUCUUCUGGGGGCCCCCCUCUGACUGCUGCCCCCCAGAGGGAACCUGGGGCCAGGUCUGAGCCGGUGCGCUCCAAACUGCCGUCCAAUCUAUGA